GCUUUGAAAUCCUUAGCUGAAAUUAACAUGCUUGGGUUGGUGUUGGACUCCCGUCACCAAUCGUUACGGUCUCUACUGAUAUAUCGAUCAGACUUUUCAGUUACACCGUAAUCGAGGAGAAAAAACCGUAAGGGAGAUGUACUCGUAACAACUGGCCAUCCGUUAUAUGGAUUCGAAUGAAGCAGAAUGUGAAAGAGCGAACAGUCUAGUAGGAUAGGAAUGAAGGGCUGAAAUGAAGAAAACAAGAUUUCAGUCUACAAGGUAAGUUAUUAACAAAAUGAAUUUGUUAUUUUGCUAGCAGUCUUCCAAACAGUGUACUCAAGUCUUCUUAAUAACUCUCCUUUUAUCGACAGCUCUUUCUCUGGUUGCAGUUAAUUGUCUCUUGUACGUAACCGAACGUUUCGGCUUAAAUGGACGGCAUUUCGGGCGAGGAGAGCUGUUCUACACAAAACAGCAAGGCUGAGGAGGUGGAAAAGUCCGCUAACAAGAAGAAAAAGAAACCGAAGGAAUUUGACAUGCCAAGUGAUGUAACUGAGGAAAACAUGGAAGUUUCGGAGGACAUCUCACCAGAAGCUUAUAUCCCUGGUCGAUCGAGACCACUAAUGGAAGACGAGCAGCUUGUCAUGGACAAGUCUUCUUAUCGGUUGUUUUACGAUCUUCAGCUAGAGUACGCCAGUCUCAGCUUCGAUAUUUUGCUGGAUAAUUUGGGUUCAGGCAGAGAGGUGGAAGUCAAUGGAUCGGAAAUAAGUGCAUCCCUACUAGCUGGCACUCAAGCAGCACCGGGAAUGGGUGAUGCCCUUGUCGUUUUACGUAUGAGCAAUAUGAAACCCUUUCAGAGGAAGGUACAUCCUGAAGAUGAUUCAGCGGACAAAUCAGAUGAUUCGGAUGAAAGUAGUUCAUCUGACGAGGAUUUGGAUUCCCAACCUGAACUCGAAGCUGCAAAAAUUCGGCACAGGGGCACUGUGAAUCGAGUUCGAGCGUUUCAGUACGGCGGUCGAUAUCUGGCUGCAUCCUGGUCAGAGGAAGCGAAAGUUUUUAUCUGGGACCUCACCCGUCCCCUUACUGCUGUGAACGAUUCAGCUGUAAUGAGCGAGUAUGUUCGAUUCAACGAGACUCCUGUUCCAUUGUUCACCAACAAGCGCCACAAAAGUGAAGGUUUCGCUUUGGAUUGGAGUCCUCACCCUUUGGCUUCUGGUCAUCUCGCUUCCGGUGAUUGUGAUGGAGUCAUUUACCACUGGGUACCACAGCCGACCGGCUGGUCUUUAGGAAAAAAGGCCUACACGGGACACACCGGAUCUGUUGAAGAUAUUCAGUGGUCAAUUACUGAGCCCACUGUGUUUAUAUCAGUGUCAUCGGAUCGGAGUAUUCGCGUUUGGGAUACACGCAGUCCACCGAACGCUGGGAGCAUGCUGACCGUACCGGACGCGCAUACAGCUGAUGUGAACGUUCUUUCAUGGAAUCGUCUUCAGUCGACUAGUCUGCUUACCGGAGGCGAUGAUGGUGCUCUUCGAGUAUGGGAUCUAAGACUUGUCCACAAACGCUAUGCGCCCGGAGGGAAACCAAACAAAAUUCCUGCUUACACUCAUGUUUAUGAUUAUCACACGAAACCCAUAACCUCUGUUGAAUGGCAUCCGAACGAUGCUGGAGUGUUUGUUGCUACGAGCGAAGAUGAUCAAGUAACCAUUUGGGACACCACUUUGGAGCAAGCCGAUCAGCCUAUGGACGACGCAUUGGCAAAGGGUGACGAAACUGCAAACUUACCGGUGCAACUCUUGUUCAUCCACUGCGGUCAAACGGAGAUUAAAGAGGCGCACUGGCAUCCCCAGAUUCCCGGACUUUUGGUAGUCACUUCAAUCGAUGGUUUCAAUGUGUUUCGAACGUGUAACGUGUAGGAGAUUGCAGUUAUUGCAUAUUUUACAGUUAAAAGUGAUUUAUUUUCCGAAAAAUGGGUUUCAAAAGCCUUUUUAUUACGACCUGUUCAACAAGAUCUUUUUUACCCUUUUGCCCAUCUUAGGGACUUUGUGCUAUCUUCAUUCUCACAAAGGUGUUACUUAUUGGCGAUUUCGGUCACAUGGACCUCAUACUCGUGGAUACCCGUAGAUGAGAUUCAUUGAACGGUCCAACGCAACUUUCACCAACUUGGUUGCUACGGGUAGUAACAUUGAAUUUUUCGAUUAGGGGAUUUGAAUGGGCCCUGCAACCUGAACGGUUUCUCGAACGAACUAAGUAAAACAUUUGGUGCAAUAAUCAAAGAGCUUUUGGCGGACGCUGUUCAAAGUCAUGCUGCCUACUGUAACUUCUAAAUGGACUCUCGUGAUCUGCAAAAUGGCUGUUUAGCGGAAUAGGAGGUAAACAGGCCCUAUCGUAUCCUACCAGAUAUGAGCAGACAAGAGAUCCAACCGAGUCACUUGUGAACAGUGAUGUAAUUUAAAAUUGAGUGCACUUCGUUAAAACCCCACCUACUGCUUUGGGCUGGAGUUUCAAUUCCUGGUAUCGAAUUCGCGCUUUUGUCUGCGGACCGCAAAAUGUCUUUAGGUUUCAGUGCCCCUUUUCCAUUGAUAUCCUUCCCCACCCCACACUCUGGUCCAGCCUUCCAUCCAAGAAACUGGGAAUGGCUCCUCUGGCUGUAUGCUGACCUAUUUCUAACCAACAUCAACUUGCACCAUACACACAAGGCCACAAAGCACAGAUCAAUCCUAGUCAUUUGUAUCACGUGACUUUUGGCUUCCAGUACGUUUCGAUAUUAUCGUAACUCGAUUCCGGCCAUACAA